CGUACGUGACGUUCCAUUUAACGAAAUCCAGGUUCUUCGUUUACUUCCAAGUCCUCAGCCAUCGCCACCGUGUCUCUGUUUCCUACCAAUUUCGUUUUGUUUGAUUAUAUUUUUUUCGAUUUUCUCUGUUCUCUUCCAGAUCUCCCGCCGUAAAAUCCCAAGAUUUCUGGUGUCGAAGGUUGGAUGGUUUUCGGGGCUUUGCUCGUGUAGCUUCGAAGUUUUAUGUUGGGAGAAUCAAACUCCCGUUGUAAAAUAUGGAUACUGCAUCAAAUGAUUCCCAGGAUUCUUGGAAUAGGGAUACCGGAUUUGGCGCCAAUGAUAGGAGGUUCGCUUUUUCGCGUCGAACUUCGUCUAAGCAAUGGCAAGAGCCACCCCACACGCCGAUUCCUAUCAACUCCGACGAUUCGGCGAAGCCUUUGCUUUCGCGGAAUAUGUCGAGCAUAAACAUUCCGCCCGGAAGCUACUUCGCUUCCGAAAGUAAUAAAUUCUGUAGUGUAAAGGAUAAAUCAAGCGAUAAAUUAUCGGUUUUGUCGCUCGCCUUUACAAUUUUAGAGAAUGUGAGAUCUGGGAAUCGGUAUAUGAAGAGGCUGUUUCUGAUGAUUUCGCUUAAUGUCCUAUAUACAACUGCCGAGUUAGCUAUUGGUCUCCUUACUGGGCGUAUUGGUCUUGUUUCUGAUGCAUUUCAUUUGACUUUUGGCUGUGGUCUUUUGACAUUUUCAUUGUUUGCCAUUGCUGCCUCUCGGAGUAAGCCUGAUCAUGUUUUCACCUACGGGUACAAAAGACUAGAGGUUUUGGCUGCCUUUACUAAUGCUCUAUUUCUUUUGUUCCUGUCUUUCUCAUUAGCUGUGGAAGCACUCCAUGCAUUUAUACAAGAUGAAUCUGAACACAAGCACUAUUUAAUUUUCUCAGCCGUAACAAAUUUAAUGGUCAAUCUUAUCGGUGUUUGGUUCUUCAGGAGCUAUGCUCGCCUUAAUCUUGUGUACAGAAAAGCUGAAGAUAUGAACUACCAUUCAAUCUGCUUGCAUGUUCUUGCAGAUUCUAUCCGCAGUGCAGGUCUGAUAUUGGCAUCCUGGUUUUUGUCUCUUGGGGUUCAAAAUGCUGAAGUUUUGUGCUUAGGACUGGUUUCAGUUGCAGUCUUUAUGAUUGUCAUGCCUCUCUUUAGAGCAACCAGUGGUGUUUUACUUCAAAUGGCACCGCCUAGCAUUCCAACUUCAGCAUUAAGUAAAUGUUGGAGACAGAUUUCAUCCCGUGAAGACAUAUUAGAAGUCACUCAAGCGCGAUUUUGGGAAUUAGUACCUGGUCAAGUUGUUGGCUCGCUCACUCUAACGACAAAGAAAGGAUCGGACAAUCGCCAAACGCUCGAUUUUGUGCAUGGUAUGUAUCAUGAAUUAGGCAUACAGGACAUGACAGUGCAAACUGAAGAUGCUUGAAUUGCUGCUGCUCCAUAUUUCUCCGCAUUCUUCCAUAUGAACAAGGUGAUGAUAUCCUUUAGCUUACCCAUACUAUCAAUUUUUCUAACAUCCACAUCAGGUUUAUGAUAUUACCAAGUAUCUCCAAACAUGUUCCUCUGUUCCUCAUAGUUCAUAAAUGUCUUAAUUUUUCUUUCUUAUAUAUGUUAUAUGCCAAUUAUGUCCAACAUGUUCCACAUUAGGCCUAUCAAUAACAUGCAUGAUUGGUAUCAA